CGCACUGCACACUAAGCCCCUUUCCCACAGCCCCGCCCCUCCCGCCGCCGCCGCCCGGUUCCCGCCGUUCCGUGAGGCGCUUUGUGGCCGCCAUGUUGCUGCGGGUGCUGUUUGCCCGCGCCCUCCGCCUGCUCCCCGGCGCCGCGCCGCGCCGCCCCGUUCCUAUCCCCGUUCCUCCUCCCAUCCCCUCAGCCGCCUCUCCACCCUUCCUCUUCUCCCGGCUGCCUUUUGUCCGCUUCUUGUCCCUCCGGCGCCCGGCCGGGCUGACGGCCAUGGCGGUGCGGCGGGCCCGGGCCGGGCCGUGCAUGGCUCUGGCUCUGGGGCUGGCGCUGCUGGAGCCGCCGCUGGAGGAGCAGCGCCGGGCGAGGGCCGUGUGCGGCCGCAUCCAGACCGUGUUUGUCGGGAAGAACAAGGCACAAAAACAUCCUCUGAGCUCUUUGCGCUGGCAGGGCUUCAAGCUGGAGGACUAUCUGAUCGGGCAGCCCCUCGGGAAGGGCUGCAAUGCAGCUGUCUAUGAAGCAGCGAUUCCUUCAUCCCCCCAUCACCAGGGGAGCAAGGAGAGCUCAGAUCUUCCUGCCUCUGAAGAGGAGCUGGCUGACAAACACCAGCAGCAAGCUGCUUUCCCCCUGGCUAUCAAAAUGAUGUGGAACAUUUCGGCUGACUCUUCAAGUGAAGCCAUCCUGCGCAAUAUGCAUCGAGAGCUCGUUCCAGCCACACGGACUGCCUUAGCUGGGGAGUAUGGAGCUGUCUUCCACCACAGAGAACCUGUCCUUGGGAGGAAGAGGUUGAGACCUCAUCCAAAUAUAAUCCAGGUGAUCCGAGCUUUCACAUCCUCUGUCCCGUUGCUGCCUGGAGCCCUCACAGACUAUCCUGAUGUUCUUCCAGUGAGCCUGAAUCCCAGAGGGAUUGGUCGCAGUCACACACUCUUCUUAGUGAUGAAAAACUAUCCAUGCACCCUGCGCCAGUAUUUGAGGGACAACAGCCCGGAUACCCGUCUGUCCACCAUGAUGAUUUUGCAGCUGUUGGAAGGCGUGGACCAUCUCGUUCGACACAGGAUAGCACACAGAGACCUGAAGUCUGACAACAUCCUGGUUGAGUUCGAUUCUGCUGGCUGCCCCCGACUGGUGAUCACAGACUUCGGUUGCUGUUUGGCAGAUGACAGCAUUGGUCUGAGGCUGCCCUUCAUCAGCACUGACAUGGAUCGUGGUGGCAAUAGCUCUCUCAUGCCACCUGAGGUGACCACAGCGUCAGCAGGUCCAGGCAUGGUGAUUGACUACAGCAAAGCUGAUGCCUGGGCUGUUGGAGCAAUUGCCUAUGAAAUCCUGGGCCUGCCCAAUCCUUUCUACAGCUAUGGGGACUCAUUCCUGGAAAGCAGAAGUUACUGUGAGGAGGAGCUGCCAAGCCUGCCUGUUGGUGUGCCCUGUGAGGUGAAGCAAGUGAUAAGGAUGCUGCUUCAGAGGGAUCCCAACAAGAGAUUGUCUGCUAGAGUUGCUGCUAACGUGCUCCACUUGAGCCUCUGGGGUGAAAGCAUUCUGGCAUCUGAGGCCCUGAAGCCUGACCAGAUGACUGCCUGGCUUCUCUGCCAAUCUGCAGCCACUUUGCUCAUGGAUGGACUGGUGGACGAAAGCAGGGUAGAAACCAAAAUGAAGAUGUGCUUUUUGGCCAACCUCGACUUCGAAGACCUCUGGACAGCAGUUGUCUUGUUGCUGGCCUGGAGAAACCAGUCUGGGUGAAGAGUUCUACAUGCGUGGGGCGUGACCGUGCAGUAGAUAAAUGGCACUUGCUGAAAGCACAUAGGAAUCUGUCUUUUCUGUCUGCCUGGAAUCCUGUACUAAUUUAGGGAAAAUAUCUGCAGGCCUGCAUCAAGAGGUUGAGUUUAUCUGUAGCGAGUUUUAGUACACGCUGUUUUUCUCUUCCUGCUAGAGGACUUGCCCUUGCCUCAUCAUUACUCCUUCAGUCAGGGUUUGCAGAAUGUGCAGGUGUCCUGGGGUAUGUGCUUGGUUGUGUUCAGUCAGGAGUUCAGAGCUGGCUUUGAAGUCAUGCGCUGAGUGAAGCAAGUUCCUUUUGAGAAGAGUGUGCGUGGGGAAGGAGGUACUGUCUGUGGGGAAGGAGGUACUGUCUAGCUGCUCUCACACACAAGUGUCACAGAUUUAAACAUGCACAAAGAAAGCUGUGCUGGCAGAAGGACAUACAAACUUCUUUUUCUUGACUGUUGCGCAAUGGCAGCUCCAAUUCUGCCAAGGCCAAGUCAAACUGUGUGCAGUCAGGGAUAAUACUGCAUGUGGAAUAGGGCUGAGGAGCAGUGCCAGCUUAGGGAGUGUCCUGUGAUGCUAACCUGCUUUAUGUACCUGGUUUUGUGCUUAACAAUGAAGUAACAUCCUUUGGCUGGAGAGGAUAGGAGGCACCACUGUUGGAACAAUAACAGCUAUGUUAAUGAAAACAUCGUUUGAUUUCACGUUUGUAAUUGUGUUAAGGGGAGCUGGGGGAGAAUGUUACUGCUGCUGGUUGCACAAUAAAUGGGUGAUGACGUUCUGA